AUGGAUGAUGUGUUGUCAUUGCCUAUUAGUAAAUUAGGCCAUGAACUUGAAGAGAUAAGAGUUGGAGCUUUGACUACUUUACUUUCAAAACUCGAUUUGGGAAUAAUCACCGUGAAGGAUUUAGUUAAAACCAAAGAUAUUUUCAUUAACCUGAUCAAUUGGUUUAAAUUUCCCACUGUGCCUUGUAAAGAAGAUGUAUUAAAUUUGAUUCUUGCACUUGUAAAGGACAAGGAUGGUGCAUUUUGUCUCGAAGUUACUGAUCCUGACCUUCGGGAGCUCACGAACUGUCUUGGAAAUGAGUAUAGAAAUGAACUAAUUGAAAUUAAAAGAUGUAUCAAAGAAAUAAACGAUGCUUCUCAAUCGAAUAAUAGUAAAGAAGUAACUGAAAAUUUUGGUUCCUUUAAUUCUUUGACAGAAAAAGAAGAGACACCAUCUUCAGCAGUUUCAUUGUAUUCUUCCUCAUCAACAAGGAACUCAUCAGCUAGUUUCUGGGAUUAUCAAGAGAUAUUUUGGUGUGUUCCUGUACUUGAUGAAUCAGAUAAGCGUGUGCUGUCUUCGGUCGGCAAUCUACUAAACGAUACUUCACAAUCUAUCCAAGCUGCUAAUUUCUUCUCAACAGUUCUCCUUCAUGAUUUUCCCCCUCAGGUUUUCCUUCAUGACACCACAAUCCUUAAUGCUCUGUUUGAGCUGUACACUCAAACGAAUGGAGAGACGCCCGCAAUCAUCAAGUGUUUCAAAGAGUUUACCUAUUCAUUACAUAGGCAGUUCAAAUUCUAUGCGGAUCCGUCUGCUCAGCAUUAUCAAUAUGAACCUUACAGGGAUAUUUCAGAAGAACCUCUAGCUUUGUAUGAUUUCAAAAAUCUGAAUAUUCAAGACAUUGAAAGCCCGCGACAACAGCUGGGGGUCGGAGAGUUUUGUGGUAUCUGUCUGGAAAAGUUGAGCGAUGCUGUUCCUGGAAUCCUGAAGCUUCUUCAGUUAUGCAUGAAUGAUCCAACUAGAUUUUGGGCUUCGACGAGUGGUUUAGGUUUAAAGACAAGCAUAUCUAACCACCUCGGAUCUUUAGCCGUCAGGUUGAAAGCUGCUCGAUUGGGCGAAACUGUUGGUCGAGUCGAGGCUCAAACUUGGGCAUCUGAAGCGUUGUCUAAAUUAGUGCCGAUAGAAGCAGCAUCGACUAUCGUCAACAGGAACCUGCAAUCAGUCCUUGUCCAAGAACUGUUCGACCAUAAUCUCCUUCUCAUGUAUCCUAGAGUUCAUGCUAUCUUCAGAACCUAUGUGUCAUCUUUCAUGUACCAAGAAGAUGAUGAUUAUAGUGUAGUAGAAGAAAUUAUUAAUUCCAUCAGAGCUGCUGUUAAAUUCAUGAGAUGUUAUCAUGAAUUAUCGGUGUAUGAAGCAUUAUCUCAGUUCAAAUUGGGAAUCCUCUCUCUCGAUAUUCAUAAAGAAUAUCCGCUUGUAAAGUUAUUUUUUGAGAUCAUCAUGGAAAAGCAGCUAGCAGUCAGUGAGACAGAACUGGCGGAAGAAAUUAUUCUAUCGUUGCUAUCUCAUGCCGAAGUUGCGGUUUGUGUCACAACGUAUUCCCAACUGUCCUUGGCUGUCAGCAAGGUCCUUGGACCGUCUUCAGUGAAACAUGCUAACAAGAAUCCUUUGGACAGGAUACCCUUCAUCCUCAACUGCAGGGUCCUUCAUGAAGUCAUCUGCUUUGGAGUAACAAAUGAACAGCCUGAGAUAAGAAAAGAUGCAGAAACUAUCUUAACUCUUUUACUCAAGUCGAAGAUGGUUGUACAUAUUGAAUAUUGGCCUUUGAUAUUAUCAGUCAUCAAUAGUUGCCUCCCGCUAUUGGUCAGCUUUGCUUCGGAGAGCAAUGCUCUUGGAAAGGCGGUGUUGUCAAUGACUGAUCCAGAUAUCGCUCCUCAGCUUUGUUUGCACAAGUUACAGAUUCUAAAUGGUAAUAUUCGAUUACUGUUUUCACAAGUUCCUGAUGUCGUACAAGAAGGUUACACAAGGCUCGUUUAUCUGCUCAAUGUGACUCCGAUUCAUCCGUUUUCAAUGCCAGAUCCUUCUCUUACUCUGCCUCGUCCGCCUCUAGGUCCUAAUUAUUUUGAUGAAGAUAACGUUGCUAGAUUGGCAAAUGUUUUAGACACCCUUGGAUUUUCUGAUUGGAAAAUGCUACGCUCGGCUGUGGUCCAGUUGGGGCAUAUCUCUGAAGAACCGUCACUUCAUAUACCGAUCCUGGAGACAGAAAUACUGUAUCAUUUGAAGGAGAUUCUGAGGGAAGCUGUUGAUAGGCUUGAUGAUGACAGUAAAGAAUUAUAUUCUUCAAUUAUACUUAUCUUGAAGAACCUCGCUAUUUUCAACAUUCAACUAAGGCACGACUUCUCCGUAGAUUAUGAAUUGAUAUUUGAUGUAGUAAAAGGACUCUUUAUGUUUCCUCCCGAGAGGAGGAUGUUGCGGGAUGCUGUCCAGCUGUUGGCACUUAUCAUAUUCUCCGAUUUUAUACUGUCGACAUCAAACGGAGUUAUUUCAUUACCGAAAGUUAUCGUCGAUUUCAUGAAUCUGCCUUUUCCUGUAAACACACAUCUGUUAAUCUCUGAACACAUCGUUUUGUCUAAAAAAUCUUUCCUAAUGGACCGACGGGAUGCUUGCCGACUUAUAGGAAGUGUCUGGUGCUGCGAGUUGGCAGGUGGUGCGCACACGUUCAUCAACGACACCUCCAAACCACAGAGGCCGCUCACUCUACCUCUUCCGCUCGAGCUGCCUCCUUUGAAGACGUUUUUCUCUCUUAGGCUGGAGCUGCAAUUGAUGUUGACGGAUUUAAGAGUUGCAAAUUCACAUCAAAACGCUUCAAAAGCUGUACAUUCCAUUUCAAGAUACCUGAGGCUGCUCAGUUGGAGCGAUGAUAAAUUUGACGAUCUCGAUUGGGAGCAGAGCUUCAAGCGAUACUUGAUGACUCUUCCAGCAAGCCCAUCCGACCAAAAGCUGCUUAUCAGUAUACUUCAAGUACUGGCUCAGCUGAUUGAAAUCGUGAAAAGUCAAUCUGUAUGGAUUUCAAAAGUCAUCAAGGAACCAACGAAUAUGCUGUAUACAAUUUUGGCGCAGUCCACUAUAGAAGAGACAACAGUUUUGAGAAAGGAGAUGUCAAUGGAGUUACUGAUUUUGGUCGAGAAGUGCGUGCGUUACAGUCCACACGAUGAUUGGGAGUCGUUGGCUAUGAUACUACUCCAAUCGUUGAACCACAGUCACUCCCAGAAAUUUUACAGUUUAGCUGUAGUUGACCGAUUGUUGAGUGUCUUGAUAACCACCGCAGAACAUAAUGAUGGCCCUCUUAAGGUGUCACAAGUUCCGUUGUGGAAGCUAUUAGCUGCCUUCCACUGUCCGUCGCAGACAUCAUUUAUGGGGCUCACGAUAACAAGGCGUCUCCUGUUUGCUCUUAAUGUCAUAAAUUGCUCUUUCAAGCAGGAUACAGUGCUGCCAGAAGAAGUCUCGUGGCUCGGAAAGCUGCUUGAGGUGAGAGAUCCUCUGUUGGUGGGAGCUGCCUUAGAACUCUGUUCUCGCCUCGGAGGACAGCAGGCAGCGAUGGCAACUUUACUCAGCAGCUUACCGGACCUUUGGAGAGUUGUGCUCAGGAUAUUAUUGAAUGACGGUCAAGCAACUCUGGUCAGAGAGCAUGCGGCUAUAUUGUGCUGCAAUAUUGUCGGAAGUACACAAAAUAAGAACUAUGUUACGGAUGCUGUAGAUAAAGAUAUUUUUAAGUCAUUUAACUUAAUUUAUAUGAAAUAUCAAGCAGCCAACAGAUCGAAUGAGAAAUCCAUUUGUUUAUACCGAGCCAAGAGAGAUGAUUAUUCAGCGAGUAAAAAUGGACAGCAAGGAAGGACCUAUAUAUCUCCUGUGUUGACAUCUUCCAUUUGUUCUCUAACUGUAAACCUGAUGUCGAAGGAUCCUACUAAAAUAAUUUCAGCUGCUCUAUCUAGUGGCUUCAUUCAAAACUUAGCUAGUGAUAUCUGCAACUGGCAAUGUGAAAAACUUAAUAAUCAAGAAAUUAUAAAAAUGUAUGAAUCAGUUCUGAGACUUUUGGUUUAUGCCUGCAGCGACUCUAAGUCUAGUAUCAGUUUAUUGGAUUCUAUCCCGACCCUCAUCUGGCUCUUACUACCAUCUUCUUACAGUGAAGGAUUGAAAAGUGAUGGUAUUGUGACCGAAAGCCUGAGGCUGAUUUCAAUUGUGCUGUCGAGAGGUGAUCUCCAGAAGAUGACCACAGAUCCGCAAAUACCUGGAGAAGGAGUUUCUGUUCUGUGUGCUGCCGCUCGCUCUCAGGAUCCUGGGCUGGAGUCAGCAGCCGCUGCAGCUAUCAGUGUACUCGCCCCGUACCUCACUCAGGUUGCCUGUAAAGAACUAGUGCUCGCUAUGGGAAAUAGAGAUUCUAUGCGAGCUGCUCUUGCUAGUGUUGUUGCUAAUUCACACAGUGCCACUAUUGCUGCGGUCAAAGAAGGUCUAUUAGAAGAAAUUGUUUAUAGGCUGCGUGGGGUACAAUUAAGACUAUCUCUUGUUCCACGUAACUCAAAAAAGGCUUCACUAGCACUGGAGGACCUUUGUGUCGAACUAGGCCUGAUAACUAACUUCUUAGCAGGCUCAGAGCUGGCCAAGGAGCAGUGCGCCACGCUGGGGCUCGCGGAUAUUUUACAUAAAUUGUGGGUGUGGUGUCUCACCGACUACAGCCUAUUGUCAGUUCUCCUCAGGACUCUUAUCACUUUCACUUCUGAUUCUGUUAUAGCUGCAGGAAGCCUUGUUCUAACAAGUACGCUGGCUGGUGUCGGUCAACGGAAAACACCUACAAGUUCUUCUCUUUUGCAUGCAUUGCUGGUGCUUAUCCAGAGGGACAUUUAUCCUUAUGGAAUCAAGCUGUUGCUUCUGCAGCUCCUGUCCCAUGCUUGUCAGGCCAACGAGUGCAGGUCCAUCAUAACUAAAUCGGGAUUCCUGUCUGAAUUCUUGGCCACCUACAGUCAGAAGAAGUCAGCCGCUGUAGAUGAGGCAGAAUAUGGAUGGUUACAAUUUCUCGCCAUCUUUUCCAGCUUUAGUGAUGGCCAGUUGGCAUUGAUAAAGAAUGAAGAAGUAUUACAGAAGGUUAUAGAUUACAUGUCGGGAUGUCGAGGAUCUCGUCACAGACCUGUUGCCCUUUCCAUUGUCAGGAAUUUAGUCUUCAACCAGGCCAACAGGCACAGAUUCAUAUUAUCAGAUAAGAUGCUAAAGAGUAUUGGAGACAGACUGAGUGACCGAGAUGGCCUCAAUCAAAAUGAGGUGGAAGAUGUUCUGCUGAUCGGAUGGGCACUAGCCGCUAACAGCCAGCGUGGAAAGGGAUGCUUACGAGUAGCCGGCAUCCUAUCGAAGCUAGAGGCAGCUAUCCAGCUAUACCACCCCGCGCUUGUGGAGACCGAAAUGGCUCGACUCGCAUUUCAGGUCAUCAAUGGUCAGCCGUUACAUUAAUUGUGGAUUUUAUUUUAUAUAAAAAGUUUUUAAGUGCUUUCUGGUAAAUAAUAUAAUUUUUUACCUGACAGGUAUUUUGUCUGGUCUCUAGAUACUACUUGUACUUAUUGUUAAUAUAUGUAUAUAAAAAUCAAGUGUACAGUGUUGAUAUUAAAAAGAUUAUUUAUUUUUUGUUAUAAUGAUUAAAUUAAAAAAUGUUAAAUUAAACAAAGAA